CAGGGGCGCCAGGAGGGAAGCCGCGUGGCGGAGACAGCGGUAACGACGGCAAGCCGUAAGGUCCGCUCACUUCCGGUUCCGGUGUAACGUUCGGGCUCCGUCUCAGGGGCUGAAGUUUGUGAGGUGCUGUGUUGAAUAUCUGACGUUGUCUUACGUCUCACUGUCCCUUAUCCCUUCUUCUAAAGAAUGGCCCUGUCCAAGAGGGAGCUGGAUGAGCUGAAGCCAUGGAUCGAGAAGACAGUGAAGAGGGUGUUGGGUUUCUCAGAGCCCACAGUGGUCACAGCAGCAUUAAAUUGUGUAGGAAAGGGCAUGGAUAAGAAGAAAGCAGCUGAUCACUUGAAACCUUUCCUCGAUGAUUCUACCCUUCGGUUUGUCGACAAGCUAUUUGAGGCAGUGGAAGAAGGCCGUAGUUCCAGACAUUCCAAAUCUAGCAGUGACAGGAGUAGAAAACGAGAGUUGAAGGAGGUGUUUGGUGAUGACUCAGAGAUAUCUAAGGAGUCAUCAGGAGUGAAGAAGAGACGUAUACCAAGGUUUGAGGAGGUGGAGGAGGAGCCAGAGGUAAUUCCUGGACCACCAUCUGAGAGUCCAGGCAUGCUGACUAAAUUACAGAUCAAACAAAUGAUGGAAGCAGCCACAAGGCAGAUUGAGGAAAGGAAAAAACAACUGAGCUUCAUUAGUCCUCCCACCCCUCAGCCAAAAACUCCUUCCUCCUCUCAACCAGAACGGCUGCCAAUUGGCAAUACCAUUCAGCCUUCUCAGGCUGCCACCUUUAUGAAUGAUGCCAUCGAAAAGGCACGGAAAGCAGCUGAACUGCAAGCUCGGAUCCAGGCUCAACUGGCACUGAAACCAGGAUUAAUUGGCAAUGCCAACAUGGUUGGUUUGGCCAACCUUCACGCUAUGGGCAUUGCUCCCCCGAAGGUGGAGCUGAAGGACCAGACAAAGCCUACACCCCUGAUCUUGGAUGAACAAGGUCGAACAGUAGAUGCUACGGGCAAAGAGAUUGAGUUGACACACCGAAUGCCAACACUAAAGGCCAACAUUCGAGCUGUGAAACGGGAACAGUUCAAGCAGCAGCUCAAGGAGAAGCCAUCAGAAGAUAUGGAAUCCAACACAUUUUUUGAUCCCCGAGUCUCCAUUGCCCCUUCCCAGCGCCAGAGACGCACCUUUAAAUUUCACGACAAGGGCAAAUUUGAAAAGAUUGCCCAGAGAUUACGGACAAAGGCUCAGCUAGAGAAACUCCAGGCAGAGAUCUCACAGGCAGCCCGAAAAACUGGCAUCCAUACUUCCACCAAGCUGGCACUCAUUGCCCCUAAAAAAGAACUAAAAGAAGGAGAGAUUCCUGAUAUUGAGUGGUGGGACUCCUACAUUAUCCCCAAUGGUUUUGACCCUACAGGGGAAGCUCCCAAGAAAGAGGACUAUUUUGGGAUCACCAAUCUUGUGGAGCAUCCAGCCCAGCUAAAUCCUCCAGUGGACAGUGACACACCAGUGACGUUGGGGGUGUAUCUCACCAAAAAGGAACAGAAAAAACUUAGGAGGCAGACACGGAGGGAAGCUCAGAAGGAGCUACAAGAGAAAGUCAGGCUGGGUUUGAUGCCUCCUCCUGAACCCAAAGUGAGAAUUUCCAACCUGAUGAGAGUAUUAGGCACAGAAGCUGUUCAAGACCCCACAAAAGUGGAAGCCCACGUCAGAGCCCAGAUGGCAAAAAGACAGAAAGCGCAUGAAGAGGCCAAUGCUGCCCGAAAACUAACAGCAGAACAGAGAAAGGUCAAGAAAAUUAAAAAGCUAAAAGAAGACAUUUCACAGGGGGUACACAUAUCUGUAUAUAGAGUACGAAAUUUGAGCAACCCAGCCAAGAAGUUCAAGAUUGAGGCCAAUGCUGGGCAGCUGUACCUUUCAGGGGUGGUGGUGCUUCACAAGGAUGUCAAUGUUGUGGUGGUAGAAGGGGGCCCUAAAGCACAGAAAAAAUUCAAGCGUCUAAUGCUGCACCGGAUAAAGUGGGAUGAACAGACAUCUAACACGAAGGGAGAUGAUGACGAUGAGUCUGAUGAGGAAGCUGUGAAAAAAACCAACAAGUGUGCAUUGGUCUGGGAGGGCACAGCCAAAGAUCGGAGCUUUGGAGAAAUGAAGUUCAAACAGUGCCCCACAGAGAACAUGGCCAGGGAGCAUUUCAAAAAGCAUGGGGCUGAACAUUACUGGGACCUUGCACUGAGUGAGUCCGUGUUGGAGUCCACCGACUGAGACAACUACAGCCCCCACCCAUUCCUCUCCACUGCCUUUGUCCCUCCAGCUUUCUUUUAUUCAUCCACCCCAACCUCUGUGUGUCUGUAUGUGCAUACUCGUGCACAUAUGUGAAAGAGAGCUCCAAAAACUACCAGGCAGAGCUGUGGGACUGAGGGAGAACUGCUGCUCUGUUCCCAGUCUGGUGCUGCCUUCCUUUCCCUUUCUGUGCAUAUGAUUAAAGAAUUAUUUUUAAACCUGGUAUGGCAUUUUUCACACAUAGGUGUUUGAGGGUACUUUUUUACUCCAGUAUUUUAACAAAUACAAUAGGGACAUUUUUAUGAUUGAAGCAGUAAAGACUAGUAUUUUUUAGAGCAGAGUGGGGUAGUCAGUGAGGGAAGGAGAAAUGUUCUUGAUAGUAUCUCAUUUCCUCGAUAGCAUCUAGAUAGCAAGUAGAUAUUUGAUACUCCUAUUCAGAAAACUUCCAAAUUCUUUCCUGAUGGAGAGGAGAGAUUGGCAGUGGAAUAGCGAGGUAAUCAAGAAGGAUGUAGUAGGUAGAUAAUGAAUCAGAGGAUUUGGGGAUUUAAUGCAGCUUUUCACAAAGUAAAAAUCCUUUUCUCCUUCCCCUCAGAAUACUGGAAUCCUACUCUAGAUAGUUCAAGCUAUGGUAGAGAUAUCAAAUAGUCACCCUAACAUCCUCUCAAGUUAUUCUAAAAACAGUCCGAGAUCUGGGAUUCCUUCACAUUACAUCUAUACCUUCCAUUUAUGCUGCAUAAAUUGCAUCAGACAAAUGGAAAGAGUUCCGGAUUUGGAGUUAGGAACUUUGGUUUAAAUCCUGGCUCUUUUUAUUUGCUGUGUGAUCUUGGGCAAGUCCCAUAUUCUCUUGGCCUCCAUUUCCUCAUAUGUAUAAUGCCGGGGGUUCAACAACAUCUCUUAAGUUCCUUCUAGCUCAGGGGUAUUAAUGGAACACUGUUGGGGAGUAGAGGUAGAGAAAGGAUGCUUACCUUUGGUGUUCCCCUAAAAGGGUCUUAAAAGUAAUAAUACUAACCAAGUUGUGAUGUCAAGUUGACUUGUGCAUAUUUUGAACUUACAACAGGUUCUCAGUCAUCAGGGAAAAUAAGGUUUUCCUAACAUAUCCUCUCUCUUUCCCUACCCCCCAAGUUCUUCCAGGUACAAAAAAACACUGUGUAUCCAACUGUCCCUUACGUCCUGGAGCAAGAGCUUACCAACCUUUUUGUUAAAAGACAUAUUUAUAAGUUUCUAAAUGGACCAAGGUGGGUUUUUUAAGCAAUGUGGUACAGUGGAAAGGGCACUUGAAGUCAGAAAACCCUGGCUCUACCACAUUAUUAGCUGUGAUACUGGGCAAGCUCUUUAGCUAAUCUGAGUCCUCAUUUGUAAAAACAGAGAAAAUACUUGUAUUACCCACUUCACAGGGUUGUUGUGAGGAAAGCAUUUUGUAAACGUUUAAAGGUUAUAUAAUGUGAGCUGCUAUUACUACCUACCUCACAAGGUUGUUGUGAGGAUCACUUUGUAACUGUAAAUCACUGCAAAAUAUAUAAAUGUGAGUUGUUAUUGUAAAUGGA